CAAUUCGCUCUCGAAAACAACAAGAAAUUGAAAUUAAAAACGAACAUUAAGACAUAUUUUCUAAAGUCCAAAAUAAUCUUACAGAAUAUUCAUCAUGUACCAAGAACGCAUGUAGUUUUUGGAGAAUAUGGGCAUCAACUUCUUAAUUAUUUGAACAGUUGUUAUUUUACUCCCUUACCAUACAAAGAUCAUAUUGAAGCUCGAGAACAAUCACAAACUACUGCAUCGAUUCGAAAUAAAAUUAAACAAUUCAAACUUAUUAUUCGUGUCACUGAUAAAAGUAAUAAUUUUUAUAUUGGUUCGACUAUUGGAUUUGAAAAAAAAGUUCAACAAUACUUUACGGAUACAAAUGCUUUUAGAGUAAUCAACGAAAAUCCAUUACCUGAAAUUUUAAACAAAGUCAUUCAAUUACUAAUUAAUCUUCGAUCAAAAAAACUUAUCUUGCAAUGGCAAUAUAAUGAAAUGAUACCUGAUCGAAAAACAACUGAAUUAGCUCAUUUAUACUUCAAUCCAAAAACACACAAGGAUGGAAUUCCACUUCGGCCUAUUGAAAAUACAAUUCGUGCACCAACAAUCAAUAUUUUCAAAUUUUUAGAUAAAAUUCUACGCCCAAUAUUCGAUGAUAAAUGUACGAAAACAACGAUUAUUGAUGGUGCACAUCUGAUUACUGCUAUAAAAACCUGUAUUGUAUUAAAAGAAAAUGUUUUUGUUUAUGAUAAUAAAAUCUACCAACAAACAACAGGUGGUGCCAUGGGUUCAUCAUUUACUUUGACUUUAGCGAAUAUAUUUAUGUGGAAAUGGCAAAGAGAAUUAGUUCGUCAACAAGAUAUUACUUGUGAAUUCUAUGGAAGAUAUAUCGAUGAUAUUUUUAUGACAUGGAAUAGAUCUGAACAUGAAUUGAGAAAACUAUUAGAUCAAGCAUAUACAUGGCAUCCAAAUAUUAAAUUAGAUUAUAAAAUUAGUCAAAGUCUUUCAUUUCUUGAUUUUCUAUUAACAAAUAACAAUGGUAUUCUUUCAACAUCAGAUUAUCAUAAACCAAAUGCUAAACCAUAUGUUGUACCAUUUAAUUCGGAUCAUCCUCGACAUGUAUUCGUUAAUAUUAUACAAACACUUCUUACAAGAGCUGUACGAUAUUCAUCAACAUUUGAAACAUUUAAUUAUGAACGACGUUCUAUCAAGUUAAUGUUAUUAUAUAAUGGAUAUUCCUCGUCUUUUAUUGAUCAACAAUUUUAUAAAUUUUUCAAUGAAUCUAUUUAUGCUACAUCAAUUUUAUCAUUUAUUGAAAAUGAAAAACAAUAUAUUCUAUUAUGUCACAAAAUACUCGAUCAACCAACACCUGAGCAAUCACACGCAACAUCAAGAGCAGCUACAGCUGAUGUUGAUAACGAUCAAACUGAUGUUACUGCAGAAACUACAUCGCGAGAGUGGGUCGCAAAGAUUCAGAAAAAGCCAAUGAAUUAUGCAGAUCGAUUAUUCCUCCACUAUAAACAUGAAAAACGAUUUCGACCGUUUAAAAGAAAUAUGCAUCGGGUCUAUCAAAACGUCUUCAAAAACACACCAGCUAUGGAUCUUCGAUUAAUUGUAGGUAAUCGUAAUCGUCGUAAUGCGAAAAAUGAACUUAUACGAAAACGUCCAAAGCGAUCACUAUUACAAUGCAAACAAAUACAAAAUAAAUACAAGAAAAUGUUAGGCAAAUUAUUAUCUUAA